CCCUAAAGAAAACUGAUACACUGGGCUUGUCAUUUAACAGAUUAUCAAAUGUUCUGCUUCCAUCUAGUGGUUGGUUAUAAUAUCACACCACACUUUUGGUUACAUCCCGCUUGGCACACUGGUUGAAUCAUGGUUGUUUUCACGUCAUUUAAAUCAAAUUACGUUGAACUGACGUCUAUGACCAGUGAUAGUUUAAUUGAGUUGUCAGCUGGUUACAUAGGAACUAAAAUCACAUUCAGAUAGUAAGUGUACAGUAUACAUAAAAUGAUUACUGUAGGCCUACUGUAUGAUUUACGCACAGAUGCAAAAUAUUAGUUCCCACAUUCUGCACGCAAACGCGUUUUUACUUUGCCAUUUAACUCCAUGAUUAUCCUUGGUAAGUAACCAGGACCUUAAAGCUGCACUGCCUAACUAAGUGUGUACAGGUGUUUUUGGAGACUACAGCCAAUCUGUGCUACAUCUAGUUUUUUGAGGCUAGUUUACACCACGAUACUAAACCAAAACAGCUUCCCCAAUACUGUAUGCAAAUCUAGGAUCCUCACCAGACAUUAGCUAUCGCCUCAUGCUUAUGCAUAAUUUCCAUUUGGAAGAUACCUUUUGCAUAUCUACAAGUUUAAAAAAUAAUGUGAGGUAAAUGUGUUGAAAACGUGUUUGUUUACGCUAAAACAAUUUUUUUUUUCUGCAUAAACAGUCAGUAGGCUGUGCUCAAUACAAUUGCAUAUUUCGGAUUUGAAUGGUGAGGAGUAUAUUUCCACGCCCCUUUAACUAGUGUGCGCACCACUCAUUGCGGCAUAAAACUCCUCUGCUGCUCUCAACAUUAUAUAAAUAGUCCUGAUCUAGUCUGACCAAUAAAACAGCCGCCAUAAUCAUGACAGGACUGAACGUAGUAGCUAAUGUAGUAGUUCUUGGGACAGGCAGAGUUGGAAAAUCUGCGCUGACAGUCCGCUUCUUAACUAGAAGAUUCAUUGGAGAAUAUGGGGAUAUUGAAUCAAUCUUCAGCCACAAUGUUAUCGUGGAUGGAAGGGACAUAACUUUUAACAUCUGGGAUUCACCGUAUUAUCAGGACCUGUCCAGGGAGACCUCCCUAUAUGAGAAGAGAGUCCAGUGGGCAGACGGUUUUGUCCUGGUCUAUAGCAUCUGUGACAGGGCCAGCUUCAAUGCUGUCACCAAGCUGAUCCAGUCCAUCAAGGACAACAAGGACUACCUGGGCAUGGACAAGGUGCCCAUUGUGAUCGUGGGCAACAAGAAGGACCUGAAUCACAGACGGACAGUCCUCAGUGAGGAGGGCAGACUGCUAGCCCUCACCACAGCCUGCCAGUUCUAUGAGGUUACAGCUGCUGAGAACUACCACAGUAUCCUCAUGGUGUUUCACGGACUAAUAGACAGGAUACGGGCUUCCAAGUCAUCCAUUAAGAGGCCAGCUGGAAUCAAGGGUAUAGUGAAAAGCAUGUCUGCAGUUUUUACCAGGAAACGAACAGAUUCGCUGUGAUACUAUGGCACAGAGAGGAAUACAUUAUACAGUGCAUUUGAAAAUAAUUUUGUAAUGUUACAGCCUUAUUCUAAAAUUGAUUAAA